AUGGGGGUAGAUUUUAGCUGGUAUAUCGCCUUCAUCUUCACGCGGGCACCAAAAGUGCGUCUGUCGACGCGGCUACAUGUCUUGUCUUUAGACUUUCGCCAGUUCGCCAAAGCCGCAUACCACUUCCGUGCUGAAAGUCCCAUUACGGCCAGCCUCGCCGCGAUCCCAAACCUAUUUCCUAGCCUAGAAUGCAUCCUUUUGGAUGGACAUACCGAGAUCGAGGCCCCUCGUAUCUUCCGAGGCGGCUUCUACCCUGCUCGGGGCCAGGGGCCUGUGCUCCUGAGCCUAGCCGGGUGUGAGACCCUGGUUGAAUCAAAGACCCUCGAGAGCACGUGGGCCUUCCCGGUCAAGUAUCUCGAUAUAUCGGGCCUUCCGGGGUCCUUGCGCCCUCUCAUUCAUUCCGCUGACCGGUUCCCACAUCUUUGCGUCUUAAAAGCCAGGAGGCGCGAGCUCGGGCCCACCGAUGCUAAUGACCUCGUGAGGGCCUUUUCGGGUACGCUCUGGAGCCUAGACUUGAGUGAUAAUCCCGUACCCGAUGUGGUGCUACGAGUGUUGGCGCCCUCGCUGAUGAAGGGCAAGUCGUUGCGGAACGACAAUUAUUUCGCGGCUGAGGGGGCACUGGAUACCUCACGUCGCGAGGGCAGUAACGUGUACGGUCCGUUUUACCACAUCAAGGAGUCAGGUUUCAGUGAUACCUUUUCCCACCCUGAUCGGUACUUAGCGGACCCUCCAACCUAUUUUCCUGGAAUGUACCUGGAUGAAAGCCACCGACCAGAGGCCGUAAGGGCGAACGGCCGGACGCCUAUCAAAAAUGAUUCCAUGGAGUUUCUGAAGCAAGCCAUCUUGGGAGAUGCCUCGCCGGUUGCUGCAAACGCCGCACUCUCGGCCGAAAGGGCCCGCCCUACUCUCUUGAGUCAUCUGCAUCUCUCCAACACGAAAGUGAGCGCCCUAGGAAUAGAGAGACUGGUGAGAGAGUCGCCGGGUCAGCUGGAACUCCUCGAUUGCGACUCUGCGCAGCUGAACAUUGAGAUCACGCGGCAAAGCAAAUGGCCCAAGUCCACAAAACUCUACGGCAUGUUGGGAUCGUCCCACGUGUUUCGGCCAGUCUUCUCCUCAAACCUGUCCGAGUUGAGGGUUCACCACUCUCUCGUGACCCAGAUCCCCACUCUAGAGGCUGAGGGGCUCUCGUCGCUGCACCGUCUCUGGCUCGCUGAGACGGUCAUCAGGCAAAGGUGCGAGAUGGCGUAUCCGCAGGCGUUCGUGCCCGACAUGAAUCCCCGCAUUACGUCUCUCACGCUUACGCGUAUUCCGCGCCGCUCUUCGGGUCCCCUAAUAGACAAGAUCGUAGGCUUGCUUCGGGCAGCAGCGGUGCAAGAGCGCACCAUUGCCGAAGCGACCACGUCAUCGUCGCGUAGGGCUCCCAUGAUGCUUCGGGGCUUGCGACGAAUCUGUCUCGAGUUCGAGGCCGAUCCGAUGGACGACCCGGGACGGUUUGCCACCUCGGCGGAUCUUGAUGCGGACGGGGUUUUAGACUUGAGGCUGGAUGCUGUGAGCUUAAAUCAUGGUGAGACCGCGGAAGACGCUGAUGCCCGGAAAACCGGUGAUGCCGCGUCGCCUCUUCGCACGAGCCACGAUGCCUCUACGGGGGCCAGCUUCUCUCGUUACGGCAAGGAAUACGUGCAGUACACGGCGCUGUGGGGAUCGAAAAGUUCCGAGGCCAAGGUGUGGGUGGGCAGCGGCAUCAAGAGCUCGAGCCCGGCGGUUAAUGCCUACCAAGAGCUUGUUCGGCGCAAGGAACCUAGCAACCAGCACCGGUAUGACUACCGGCGCGUCAUUGGGGCCGCGUCACCCGCGCACGUCGCCGCGGGCGUGCCGGCGGGCUCUUUGAUCUUUCUCGAUGCUUGGGAAGCCAUGAUCCUCCCUGAGGCCGUGGCCGCGGCACCGCGGGAGGAGGCGCUGGCGAGGAUGAAGGAUGUGUUGACGGAGCUGAAGAAGUACCGCGUCGCGACGAGGAAUGCCUACGCGGCGGAGAAGGCGAAGGCGGAGAAGGCGAGGAGAGAGGAGGAGGCGCGAGUGGGGAAGAUGGGGGUCGCGGGGCCGCGGUGGUGCCCCUGGGUUCGCCGCAUUACUUUUACACGGGGCGGUGGAGGUGAUUGCAAAGGAUAG